AUGGCGGAGCACCCGGUACAAGGAUCGGGCGACCGAGCCGCCAGCAACAACUGUGGGACGGCAGUACAGUCUCCUGGCACUGCUAGGGAAAGGAAACAAACAAGUAAAGUACGUACACGACGGCGGCAGGCACAGUCGAGAUCGAUAUUAUUGUUUACGUGUGGCGGCGAGCAUCCAGCACAAGUAGGGCUCGCGGCAGCAGCGCGAGCUAAUCCACUUAGCAGCUGCGGCGGCCGCGGGCCGGGCCUCGCGCUGCCCGCGACGCCAGCGCUCGCAUCGCUCGAUACGGGCGCACGGCUCGCGUCACACCAACACUGCACCGCACACGCGAUCGAAUGUCUACGGCCACGUCAAUUAGCUCUGCAAGCGCGGAUGGCGCGGCCCGCACCAGCGACUGCUCGGCGCGCCAGCCUCGGCAGACGGCUCGGCGCGUCCGGCGCCUAA